AGAAUAAUCUUCAUCAGCCCAAUGGUCAUCAAGGAUAUGAACUCUGCUGUUUUCAUCUAGAUGGAUGAAAAGGUUAACAGCCCAGAAGGGGAGCUCCUUUGGUUUUCAAGAUGGCAGCAACUAGUGGCGAAAGCCAGCUGCAGCGGAUUAUCAGAGACUUGCAAGAUGCUGUGACUGAAUUAAGUAAAGAAUUUAAAGAAGGAGGGGAACCGAUCACAGAUGACAGUGUCAACUUGCAAAAAUUCUCCUACAAGCUUGAGUACCUUCUACAGUUUGACCAGAAAGAAAAAAACACAUUGCUAGGGAACAGAAAAGACUACUGGGAUUAUUUCUGCGACUGUCUGGCAAAAGUCAAAGGAGCUAAUGAUGGAAUCCGCUUUGUCAAGUCUAUUACGGAACUACGAACAUCUCUUGGAAAAGGAAGAGCAUUUCUUCGUUACUCCCUGGUUCACCAAAGGCUAGCAGACACCUUGCAGCAAUGUUUUAUGAACACCAAGGUGACCAGUGACUGGUACUAUGCAAGAAGUCCAUUUCUGAAUUCCAAAAUGAGUUCUGACAUUGUGGGUCAACUCUAUGAGCUCACUGAUGUUCAGUUUGACUUGGCAUCAAGAGGCUAUGAUUUAGAUGCUGCUUGGCCAACAUUUGCCAGGAGGACACUGUCCUCACUUGGAUCUUCAGCAUAUUUAUGGAAGCCCCCAAGUCGCAGUUCUAGCAUGAGCAGUUUAGUGAGCAAUUAUUUGCAGGCCCAAGAGUUUCCUUCCAGCCCUGAUGCAAAUAGCUCACUAAAUGUUGAACACCUUGAGGGCUUUGAAGAGAUGCGUGUAGAACUUGACCAGGCUGAGCUGAGGCAGAGGGAACUUCAAGAUCGUAUUCACCAGCUAGAAAUGGAAAACCAGGAGCUCCAGGCAGCUGUCAGCCUUCAGAAAGAACACGUACAGGUGGAAAAGGAGAAGAGCAAUAACUACAGCGAGGAGAACUCCCGGCUGACAAAGAUGAUUACAGAGUUACAGAAGCAGUGUGAGGUCUCACACUCUACUCAGAGCACUGUUCAUGACCUGCAGAAGUGCCUGCAGUCACUGGAACUGAAUGCAGUGGAGCAGCAGCAGGAAUAUUCCACAAAGCUGGAGCAGCUGGUGACCAGCAAGGAAGACUGUCCCUCAAAACUGCAGGUGUUGAAUCAGGAGCUGGAGGCCUCUAGGGCUUUGGUUGCUAUGAAGGAUCUUUGCAUCAAUGAGCUCAAAGGCAAGCUGAGUUCCACAGAACAGAAGAACCUCAACCUCCUUGCAAAAGUUGAUGCUGCCUUGGAGGAAAAGGGACAGCAAGCCACAGCCCACUGUGACUCUGCCCUACAGAUACGGGCACUGUUAGAGAAGCUUCAGGAGGCAGAAAAGGAAAAAGCAGAUAUGCAAAGACUCAGUGACGAACAGGCAUCUCAGCUGAAAGCAGCAAGGCAGGAGCUGCAGCUGAAAGAAGAGGCACAGAAGGAACUGGAAUGCAGAUACAAUCGCCUCACUGCUGACUCCAGAGAAGAGAGUGAAAAGCUGCUUGGGAGCCUGGAAACCAUGGCAAAGGAAAUGGAUGCACUUCAGAAGGCCUUGACCCUGAAAGGAAAGGAGAUGGCUGAGCUCCAGACCCAGGUAAUGGGGUUGCUGGCUCAGGUGGGGUCACUGGAAAAAAAUCUUGAGGAAGCAAGGAAAGAAAAAGAGAAACUUGAGGAGGAGUAUGGUAGGAGGGAAGGAGCGCUGAAGCAGGAAGCCCAGUCACAAGCAGAGCAACUUGAACUACAGGAGGGUCGCUUAACAAAGGUGAGUCAGACUGUGCGUAGCCUUGAGGAGCAAAACUGGAAACUCUUGUCUGAGAAAGAGCAUCUCAGCCAGAAAGUCAAGGAGCUGGAGGAGCAGAUGGAGCAGCAAAACUCUGCAGUGAGCGAAAUGGGUGAGGAGAGCAGGAAGCUGAAAGCGGAGAAUGCAAAUUCGCAGCAGUCCAAGAAGAAGAUGGAAGGGAAGCUGAAAAAUUUGGAAGAUUCUAAAUCUUCCCUGGAAGCCGAGGUAGCCAGGCUGAGAGCCUCUGAGAAACAGCUUAAGAGUGAGAUAGGUGAUGCCCUGGUGUCAGUUGAUGAAAAAGAGAAGAAGCUCCGGGGCGAGAACAAACAGCUGGAUAAAGACUUGCAGGAUGCCAGGAGGCAAAGCCAUAUUCUAGAGGAGAGAUUAGAGGCUCUGCACUCAGACUAUGAAGAACUAAAGCAAAGAGAAGAGAUGACCAAGGAGUCCUAUGCCUCACUUGAAGAACAGCUGAAGAGUGCCAAACAGCAUAGUUUACAAAUGGAAAAAAGCUUAGACACCUUGAAGGAAAGCAAAGAGUGUCUCCAGUCACAGCUCACAGAGAAGGAAGUAAAACUGCAAGGCAUGGCGAGCCAGUGUGAGCAGCUAAGAGCAGAAACUGAAAGACAUAGGAAGAAAGCAGAGAUUCUUGAGGUAGAAAAGCUCAAUGUUGAAAAGACAUGCCUUCAUCAGACAAAGCUUAUUGAAUCCCUCACAUCAGAAAAGGAAUCAGUGGAAAAACACCAACUACAGCAGACAGCUUCUCUGGAGAAGGAGGCAAAAGAGCUGGCCUCCAGACUGACCAUGAGUGAAGAGCAGUUGGAGGUCAACCGAGGUGAAGUGUCUAGGCUGCAAGCAGAAGUCCUCGGCCUGCGAGUCAAGCUUCAGCAGACCACUGAUGAGAGAGAGCAGAUGAGAGGUGAGCUGGCAAUCACAGAGACUGUCUUGGGUGAGCAGAAGGCACUUGUCCAGCAGCUGAAAGAGCAAAGUGAGUCACUCAACAGAAACCAUGUGCAAGAACUGAUGCAAUGUAAAGAAAGAGAAGAAGUACUGAAAAAAGAGCAGGAGACAGCAGCCCAUCAAAAAGCUGAGCUGGAAAAUAAUUUGCUGAACCUGAAGGAAGAGCUAUCCAAGGUUAAGCAGUACUUGGAAGUUGCUAGAAUGGAAAAUGAAGAAAACAAAGAUCUCCUCCACAGGACCAAUAUGGAUAUGGCUGAACUUGGUAUUCAGAUUUGUGCCUUGACCUCUGAAAAGGUGGAUGCAGAAGAGCAGUUAGCCCAGGCCACAGAAAGGCUCAAAGAACUGGAAGAACAGGCAGCAGAGCAACAGGAGAAGCUGAAGCUUGACAUCUCUAAUCUCAGACAGGAGAAUAAGAGCCUGCAAGAGAAAUUAGAGGAGGCUCAAAUAUGUGCCGCAGCUGUCCCAAGUCUGCAAUUGCAGCUGGAGACAGUAAAGAAACAGGCACAGAGUUUCCAAGAGACCAGCCAAGAAGAGCUGUCUGCAAUAAAAUUUCAAAUGAGCACAGAGAUUCUAAAUUAUCAGACAAAAUUCAAGGCUGUCAGUGAAGAGUGUGGGAAAGUAAGAGAGCAACUUGAGGAGCUGAAGCGACAACAGCAUGCUGCAGAGGAAGAGAUUGCGGAGUUACAAGCUGCAAACACGAGUUUGUCUAGAAAGCUGGAUGAAGCAAGAGAGCAGCUGUCUGAAUCAGAAUCUGCUUGGCUGCAGAAGGAAGAGGAGGUGACAUCUCUGAGAGAACUCUUGGAAAGGAUCCAAAAAGAAGCUGAUGAAGCAAAAGAGAAGGUCCUGGAUUACAGUGAGAAGCUCAGCAAGGUGGCAGCAGACAAAGAUAGCAGCGACCAGAAGUUACUUGCUGAACUGGAUGACCUGACGAGAACAAAACAGUUCCUUGAAGAGCGUUUGAUAGAACUUAUCAGAGAUAAGGAUGCUUUAUGGCAAAAAUCGGAUGCUCUGGAGUUCCAGCAGAAGCUUAGUGCAGAGCAAAGGUGGCAGGGGGACACAGAGGUUAAUCAUUGUCUGGACUGCCAAAGAGAGUUCUCAUGGAUGGUGCGCCGACACCACUGCAGAAUGUGUGGUCGCAUUUUCUGCUACUACUGCUGCAACAACUACAUGGUGACAAAGCCUGGUGGAAAAAAGGAGCGUUGCUGCAGAGCUUGCUUCAAUAAGCCUAGAGUCAUUGUGGACAGUACAGAUGACUCUGGAUCCAGUGCCAACCAGGAAGGAUCACCAGCUUCAUUGGAAUCACCUGCGUCACCAUCCGAGAGGGCUUUUGUUGCAAGUGAAGCCUCUAAACCACCAGAUGAUGCAGCAUUUGAUAUAAUCACUGAUGAGGAGCUGUGCCAAGUACAGGAAUCAGACUCUCUCCACAAUGAAAGUCAGAUGGAGGGAGAGUGUCUGGAUCAAAGCAUGACAGAUCUAAACAGCAUGUGUAAUUCUUCAACCUUUGAUGAAUCGGAAGAGUGGCAAGUUGCUCAAGAUGCUGAGAUAUGCUUGUUGAAGUCAGGAGAAAUCAUGAUCAAAUUACCCCUUACAGUGGAAGAGAUCUUAAAUUUUGGGGAAAGUAACAGAGAGCUGUUCAUUAAAUCCAGCACCUACAGUAUCAUUCCCAUCACCGUUACAGAGAUGGGGCUAACAAUUAGCUGGAUCUUUUCAUCAGACCCUAAAAGCAUAUCCUUCAGCGUCGUCUACCAAGAAUCAGAAGACACACCACUGGAUCAGUGCAAAGUUCUUAUUCCUAUGACCCGCUGCAACUCUCAUAAGGAAACUAUCAGAGGACAAGUGAAAGUCAGAAACUCUGGAAUCUACACGCUGAUAUUUGACAAUACAUUCUCCAGGUUUAUCUCAAAAAGAGUGUUUUAUCACUUGGCUGUUGAGCGACCUGUCAUCUAUGAUGGAAGCGAUUUUCCAUAGCCUUGAAUAUAUUGUGUUAUUUUUAAUUAAAUUUUUAAGAAAUGCUAUUAUUUAUGUACAUGUAAGCAUUAUGAUUACCACUGUGUUUGAAGACUUUGGAACUAUGCAAUAGCUAUAAUGCACUUAGAGAACAUGUAUACACUAAAAACCAGAAGCCUUUUUAGGAACACUAAUGGUUCUGUACUGUGUACAGAUUGCUCAAAAGCCAUGUUGUUUGAUUUAACAGGUCAAUGUUCCAACCAAAUUUUUUUCAGUGGGGAGAAAUAUAAGUGUGGGGGUGUCUAAAUGCAAACUGAAAUUCUCUACUGAAAAUUGAUUUACUUUUCUUCCAAAAAUAUCCUUCAAAAUGAAAUUUAAAGAAAAAGGCGUAUUUUUGUUGACCGCUUCACUGAGGAGUAAACAUAAACAUUUCUGUUCUGCUCUAGUGCUCUUACAGUCAGAACAACUACUAUGCAAUACUUCAGUCUUCACAGGCAUAUAUAUAUUGUAAUCCAUCUAGAAUUGUUUAUCUUUUCCAAGUUUUAUAAACAGCAAACAUAGGGUUUUCUUACAUUUUGGGCUAAGAUUUGGUAAGUCUUAACUGGCUUUUACAAAUGCUUUGGUACUGAAUACAAGUUACAAAACAAUACAACACGAAGCAGCAACUCCUUUCACUUUUGCUCACCGUACUCUGUAAGUUGGUCCACUGAAACCAGCUCUUAUGGUGAGUACCAGUGGCAGAAUCAGGAGUGUCAUUUGUAGAAUAAAGUACUGCUCACUGUGUGAUAUUAGGAAGAGGAGAAUUCCUUUUUCCUGCUUUAGCACCUUAGUCAUCAGCAUUCACAGGAAAGCAGUUUCUGAGGAGGUCAGCAAUCUCUCUCUCUCUAGAGCAUGUGGAAGGUAGCAAUAAUGUUUGAAUUGGUCUCAAAAAGUUCAUCCAAAACCAAAUGCAUAUCCAGCCCUGAUGAGCUCUCCACCUGGUGUUAGUGUAUUCUGUCCCUUUCCUAACCCUUGCAGUUGCUCUAGCCAACUGCUAACUUCCCAUCUCGAUUUGGGGACAGAGCUGGCUGUAAACACUGCCUUUUAAGGAAGACUGGGUUCUCAUUUAUACAAAAUUUCCAUGCAAACCGUCUGCUUUCUAUAUAGAAUUUCAACUUUCUGUCAAAAUAUUUGAAAGCAGAUUUUUCUCUUAAAAAUUCCUAUCUUCUGAUGGAAAGGCAAAACAUUUUGGCAGGAGAAUGGAGAAAAGCUCUUUCUCCCAACCAGCCCUCCUCAUCAUUUUAGGUGUGUCUGAUUUCUAAUGUUAUUGUUCUCCGAAGGAAACCUCAGACCUGGAAGGUUUUAGUGCAGCAGUUGGUAGCAGACCAGCUCAGCCUGCCAGGAACCCUGUAGACUCUUGGUUGGCAGCUGUAGCUGGUAUACAGGGGUCAUGGUGGGAGGCAGAAAAUAAAACACGAGGGGAAGGAAGAAAAAAGGGCAAGCACAAGCUGAAACAAAUGAUUUAGGGGAGGGGAAAGAAAGUGCAGGGGCAAACUUGUAAAUGUAAAAACAAGGGCAGGGGAUUGGAGGGAUCAGCUCGACUAGGGAAGGAAGUCGGGAGAGUCCAGCUGGUGUUUAUGUGUUGCUGGUCCAAUCCGUUACCCACAGAGGAUCUCCUUCUACAGCAAGAGGCUGGUUGUGUGAAAGGUGGAGAUCACUAGACAAGUGUUGGACGUUUACUUAGUAGCAGCUGAGGUAGAGGGAAAUUUCUGGUUAUAGGAAAGAAGAGAAUGCUGCAGAUAAAGCUAAAGGUUGCUAAUCAUUCAUUCACAGUUGUUAACACUGUAUAAAUACAGUGAUCUUGAAAAAGAUUGUGAAAGAAUGACCACCCUUCAUGGAGCACCUAGAUUUUGCCUUGUGUGUACAGGGCUUUCUAACAGAGCAAAUGGCUCUCUGGGUGGCGUCAAGCUGAAAUCAGGUGGCCUUUUCACCUAGGAUGUCUGGCUCACCGGUAGCGUUCCCUUCCCUUCAGACGCUUCUUCCCAGUAUUGGUGGUGUGCGCCCCAGCCUCUGUCAGGCAGAGGGGUCAGUGGAAGGUGCAAGCUGGUUUACUCCUCCUCCUGAGGGAACACGCUGCAAUGCAGUUAAACCGUUUCCUGGCUGUGUGCAUGAAAAUGAGAUGGACGAGAGACUGAAGUGGGCAAUAAACAGGCAGUAAACAGCGCACGCAUCAGUUCAUGAAUUAUGGCAUAUUUCAGUGUUGAAGCUAUGUUUUAUAUUUAAUUAGGCAAGAAGAGAUUAUUUAUUGCUUAAAAAUGGAGUACUGUGUACCACAUGCUAUGCAAUUUCACAGAGCUGUUACUGAAGUCUGCUGCAGUUUUCCUUUAAGCUUUUAGUUGUGGUUUUUAAAAGCAUUUUGCUGUUGUUUUAGUUAGAAUACUAAUCUUACUAGGAUAUCUUUCUUAAAAUGCCAAAUGUAAGGUAAAGGGACACUGUCAAGUAUCUUGGGCCAAAAUAUGACAACUCUGCUCAGAAGUACUUGGAAUAUCUCUAUUCAAAAUUAUUUGACAGGCUUGCCUCUGGAUUUCCUCUCUGCAUCCCAGUUCUUAACAUUUUUUCAUCCUGUGGCAAGUAUUUUUAAGCCCCUGUUUACGUAACUCUUAAAGUAAUUGGCUCCAUCUAGUAAGCCAGAUGUUUCCCUGCCAGUCUUUCAUGUAGACAGACCUGAGGCUGGCUGAAGCGUAUGUUUGGGACGAGGGGAAUAAAAACACUGGAUUGUUUUUAUUUAGCAUUUGAGUCUUUAUGGUACCUUUUGUUCAAGUUUUCCUGCCCCAUGAGAGUAGUUUUAUGGCUGUUUUGCUCUCUCAAAGAGGACUAACAGUGGGAACCAGAACCUGUAGAAAAGAAAAGGUUUGCUUCUAACCAAGGAGAGUAUUUAAGGAGGAGAAAAAGUUUCAGAAGAGGAAAUACUCAAACUGGUAAGGUACAACAAGUGGACAGGAGUGCAACUGUUCAAAUCAGCUGUUCAAGAACAGGAAUCCCACCGUGUCACCUAGAAGAGGGAGUCUUUUACACCUCAGAGGCUGUGCAGAGAAAACAGUAAAGAACUUGUCUUAGUUCCAACUUAGUACCAACCUUUUGUUUGAAUGUCCCAGAGGGUUUAUUACUGGAGCCACAGAAACCCAGUAAAGGACUUGGCACAAGUGUAGGUUUGUGCAAGAGAUUAUUUCGUUCAAGGACCUUAUACCUCCAUUCAUAAAGCACUUGUUCAUGUGAGCUGUGCCAGGGACACUGAUAAAUCUGUUUAUUUACAGGUGCUCAGCUGAUUUGUUGAAUUGGGCCUUUUAUUAUCCGCAGGAAUGCAAUUAAGAGAAAACAAAUAUUUAAAACCGAUCAUGAAAUUAAUUCAAGGGGAUGUCACACUGUCGUGGUUUAACCCCAGUCAGCAACUCAGCACCACGCAGCCGUUUCCCCCUCCCCCUCCCAGUGGGGUGAGGAGGAGGAAAGCAAAGGAAAAAAAGUAAAACUCGUGGGUUGAGAUAAGAACAGUUUAAUAACUAAAGUAAAAUAUAAUACUAACAGUAGUAAUAAUGAAAUAUAAUAAUAAUAGUAAUGAAAAGGAGUGCAACAAAAAAAAGAGGG